CUGCAGGCUACCAUCAAACUGAUCAUCAAUGUUCUGCUUUCAACAAUAUCAGUCUUGAUGUGUUCUAUCAUUCUCGCGAUCGCAGUUGACGCGAUCGGGGUGCUGCUUUCAAUAAACUAGUCACCCUGGUUCCCUGCCAAGUUUUAGCGAACAGCGUGCUUCGCAUCACCAGAGCCGAUUCCAUCACAUUUGCUCCUUCUCUGAGUCAGGUACGGGUUUCGCGUGAUUUGCGUGUCGAAUAAUACUAACCCCGGCCACGGAACACAUCGACAUCGACAUGGAUUACAGGAGCUGACAUACGCUCUUCUGUGCCUGCGCCAUCUCCAUCUUCGUUUAUUGAUAGGACGUCAUGGAACCCAUCCAGGCGCUCCCUGGCAACCCUCAGGCAACACCACUCCUUGGGGACACACUCGCCGACACUGAAUCUGAAAGCCAACUAUUAAUCGCUUCUGAAAACGAUGACAGCAGCUCUUCGUCGCGCAGUUCGCAAUGGGAAGGGCACGUCGACAUCGCAUCUCUCCACACGGUUCAGGGUCAUCCUGAGCCACGCGGCAUUGGUCUAAUCCGACAAAAGUUCAUCAAGCAAAUUCUUGGAUUGAAUCCAUUCAGGACCUCGUAUUUCUCUCUUUAUAAGCCAUUGACGGACUUCCAGUCCAGAACAAUCCUAAGUUUUGGAUGUUUCUUCUCCAUUGCAUGUGGCGUACCUAUACCUUUGAUUGGAGUCAUCUUAGGGAAGAUCAUCAACAAUUUCCCGCCACGCGAAGAUGAACUUAAGCUGCGCCUGGUGCAGCUUAUGUCCAUGGCUGUGAUUUACUUCGUGGUGGCAUGGGGAUCAACGGUCUGCUGGGCGCUGGUAGGCGAAAGAGUAUCGAGAAAGACACGCGAGCAGCUCGUCGAAAGGAGUCUGGGAAUGGACCUCACCUAUUACGAUACAGUUUCACCCGACAUUACGAAUAUUCUCACCGAAAAGACGCAGACGAUCCAGCUAGGAACUUCCGAAAAAGUCGGCGUGUUCCUGACAUCCAUCAGCUACUUCAUUGCUGCGUUCACUGUGGGAUUCACACUCAAUGCUAGGCUCACAGCUGUUAUGUUCGUUACUGUCAUACCAGCCAUGACCAUCGUCGUUGUUUGCGGGACUCACUUCGUAUCAAAAUUCUCGAGGCAAGCCAGCUCUUUCACCGAGAAAGCUACUUCCGUUGCCGAGAGCGCAUUCAAAGGCGUCCAAAUUGUGCAAGCAUUUGGAGUAACGGAACGACUGGCAGAGGAUCAUGUUAAUUUUCUCUGCAAAGCUCUCCGAGCCGGCCUUCGCAAAAGCAUCGUCGGUGCCGGCAUGCUAGGAAGCGUGUACUUCAUUGCGUAUGCCGCAAAUGCACUAGCUUUCUGGUACGGCGACAAGCUCCGCAAUGGGAGUGCUGAGGCGGGUACUAUCUACGCCGUUGUCUUUCUGAUAUUGGAUGCGUCUUUUGUUGUUGGGGCAGUCGGUCCCUUCAUCCAGACAUUCGCUCUAGCUGCAGCGGCAGGACAAGCCGUGUUUGAUAUUCUCGACUACCCGGUCGCCGAUAUCGAUGUAUACUCUACCAAUGGCAAGAUCGUUGGAAAAGAAAGUUUCAAAAAGACCAUCACUUUUCGAGAUGUUUCAUUCGUUUAUCCUGCACGCCCUACCGAGCGCGUCCUUCAAAACGUCAACCUUCAGAUUGCCCCCGGAAAAGUUACGGGCCUGGUCGGUCCGUCAGGCUCCGGGAAGUCGACCGUUGCUACUCUCCUCCUCCGCCUAUACGAUCCGUCUGCGGGCUCUGUGUUAUUAGGUGACGAUGAGUUGAAAGACCUAAACGUCAAGAGCCUUCGUUCCCAGAUUGCUCUGGUGACUCAAAAUCCCACGUUAUUUACCGGGACAAUACUGGAUAACAUCAGGCUUGGUUUGCCUUCAAAUGAAGAGAUCCCGGAAGAGGAAGUAGUUGCAAGAUGCAAGGCCGCUGCCGAAGAAGCUUACUGUGACUUCCUUGAACACCUACCGGACGGCCUGGAUACGCAGAUUGGGUCAGGUCACCAUUCUCAACUCUCGGGAGGGCAAAAGCAACGCAUCGCACUUGCACGUGCGCUAGUCGGAAACCCGGCACUGCUCCUUUUGGAUGAGUACACCAGCGCUAUGGAUGCUACGAGUGAAGCCGUGGUUCUAGAAAACCUUCGUCGGAGUUCUGCUACUUCUGGAAGAACUACUAUCAUCAUUGCCCACCGACUUGCCACUAUCAAAGAUGCCGAUCGUAUCGUUGUUAUGAAGGAUGGUGGGGUUGUGGAAGAAGGACGGCACGAUAUUCUCACCAUUGGGAAUGGUCUUUACGCUGAGCUCAUACGCGCCCAGAAAUUUGACAAGAAACCUACAAUGUCUUCCGCAUCCUCAUUUGUCUCUGGCUCUGGCCGCAGAAAGGAGACUGCACCACCUCCGAAGGCCUCGCGGGACAAUAGUACCACUCGGAAUCCCUCAGCACCCGAUACAACGCAAGAUAAAUCCGCGUUACAACUAAUCGGGAGGUGUUUCGCUUUGAGUCGCAAUGAGAGCCCGGCGAUAGCUAUUGGGCUCAGCGCGUCUGUUCUGAGCGGCGCUAUAUCUAUUGGUGAGGCUUACAUCUUUGGUAACCUCGUAGAGCUACUCAACAGCACGUCAGACGUUUCAGGCCUGAUCGCACAAUUUUGUCUUCUGUUUUUCGGCCUGGCUAUCAUUGCUCUACUCUCCCGCGUAAUUGGUGGCAGCGCCUUCGGGUUCGUGUCAGAGAAUCUGGUACUUCGUACACGCGAUGUAUCUUUUCGCACGGUGCUGAUGCAAGACAUCGCAUGGUUUUCUAAACCCGGUCACUCUCACCACGCGUUGAUGGCAAAGCUCAACAUGGACAGUGGGCACAUCAGCGGGCUAUCGGGAGUCAUCCUGGGGACCUUCUUCUCCAUCGCUACGUCUGUCGUGGGUGGUAUGAUUUUGGCACAUAUUGUCGCAUGGAAAAUCGCUAUCGUCCUGCUAGCUGCAGUGCCAAUCAUGCUACUUGCCGGAUUUUUCCGCUUGCGUAUACUUGCUAAAGCCCAGGAAAGACACGAAACCGCGUACAAUUCAGCUGCUGCUCUGGCAUCCGAGGCCUGUUCUGCCAUACAUACAGUUGCCGCGUUGGGACGAGAACGUGAUUUCCUCGACAGAUAUAGAGCCGCCAUCCAAAAACCAUACGACGAGAGCCUUCGUUUUAACGUGCUUGGCAGCAUGAUCCUAGCAUUCUCAUUGUCUGUCACUUACUUUGUGUAUGCUCUAGCAUACUGGUGGGGUUCAAAACAAGUGCGCGCGGGCAAUUACGGUCAGAAAGACUUCUUCAUUGUUCUUCCCGCACUGCUAUUUUCAGCACAAGCUGCCGGACAGCUGUUCAGUCUCGCCCCCGAAAUCACCAGGGCCAAAACUGCGGCGCAAAGUGUCUUCGCACUACAUGAUGAGAAAUCCACCAUCAUUAAAACGGUAUCAGCUACUAAGCCCUACCAAAACGGAGUCUGUCCCACUUAUGGAAGCGCGAACGGAUCAAGUUCCAACGUUUUGGGCGAAGUCGAGUUUCGUAGAGUGAGCCUGCACUAUGCCACACGGCCCGACGUGGCUGCUCUAAACAACGUGUCAUUCACAAUCCGCCCAGGAGAAUAUGUCGCAUUCGUGGGACGGUCUGGCGCGGGUAAAUCCAGUACAGUACAUUUGAUUGAGAGGUUCUUUGACCCUACAGCUGGCAGCGUCUUCGUCGACGGCGAGGAUAUCCGCAGUGGCGACGUGAAGCUCCAUAGAGCACGACUAGGAUUAGUCGAACAGGAACCUGACCUGUUUCCUGGGUCUGUCAAGUUCAAUAUUGGGUUGGGCAAGGUCGGAUCCGAACCCACGGAAGAAGCCAUCAUCGAGGUGGCAAAGAAGUGCGAACUCCAUGACUUUAUCAUGAGUCUCCCGGAAGGUUACAACACUGAAGUUGGGGCCCAUGGAUCAAAGCUGUCAGGUGGCCAAAGACAGCGACUGGCCAUUGCUCGAGCCUUGAUCAGGAACCCCGAAAUUCUGCUCUUGGACGAAGCGACAUCGCAACUUGACGCCCACACGGAGCGCGAUAUUCGUAAAGCUAUCGCAGCUGCCUCGAGGGGGCGGACCACCAUCAUGAUAGCCCAUCGAUUAGCAAGUGUACAACACGCAGACUGCAUCUUUGUCUUCGAAGCUGGCAAGAUCGUUGAGCAGGGACGACACGAUGAGCUCGUGUCGAUGGGCGGCAUCUAUGCGGGUAUGGUUGCUGCGCAAGAGUUGGACUGAGCUCCUUGUAUACAAUACGUUUUCUUCACGUCAAAAUUGCUUUCUAUUCAGGCUCAAGUACUUAGGAUACCACGAAGACUCUCGCGACCUGUUUUCUUAUUGUUCAUCAAGCAAUGUACAACAGUUGUACAUACAAUCCAAAUGUGCAUACACCUUUGUGUCU